CAAACAAAAUAAAAGCACCCUAAGUGUCACCAGUCGGUAUCAGUCAUGAUGGCUUUCUCUUGGCAAAUUGCCCUGCUUUUGAGCUUGUCAGCAGCCGUGUCUGUCUAUGCAGACAUGAAACUGGACUGUAUGCCAGAUUUUGUGAGGCUGGUGUGGACGGAGAGCAAAUCCCAGGCUGAUCUAUCGCUCUUUCGUCUGGGUAGUUGUUUUCCUACCAGCUUUUCAGCCAGGGAUGUGGUUUUCAAUGUGGCUUUCAAUGAAUGUAACUUCAGGAGAAUGGUUACUGGGGAUCAGCUGAUGUACACCAAUGACCUGACAUACGUUUCUUCUGAUUCUCGCUUUGUGGCCUACAGUCACCCAGUUGUCUGUACUUUUCAGAGGCCUGACAACUGGUAUCCUCUGCUUUAUGAACCAGUGUUUACUACCUACGGGUUUGGAGAUCUUGUGUUCCACAUUGGCCUCAUGAAUGAUGACUUCUCAGGCCCUGCUACAUCUACUGUCUUUCCUCUGGGCUCCAUGAUCCCCAUCAUGGCAAGUGUAGCACAGAGGAACCAUCAGCCCAUGCUGCUGUUUCUUGAGGAAUGCGUAGCAGCUAACACACUGGAGCUGCAGCCUGAAAGCAGUAUAUAUCCAAUAAUCACCAACAAGGGGUGUCUCAUGGACAGCACAACAUCGCGGUCCAGGUUUGAGCCGAGGCAAAAAACCUCAGAGAUCCGCCUUUCUCUUCAAGCCUUUAGGUUUGCUCUCGGCGAAGAGGUGUUUAUACACUGCAAUCUUGUAGCUUGGGAGCCCAAUGGUCUUGAUGACACCAAAAAGGCCUGCCACUACGUCAAAAAGCAUGGUUGGCAGCUGCUGGACAACUCGGCGUUAAGCUACAUGUGUGACUGCUGUGACUCUAGCUGCAAGUCCAGGAGGACAAGGAGUAUAGCAACAGGGAAGCAUGAAAUAUUGGAAAAAGCAGUCCUUGGGCCGCUUAUCAUUACUGAUCAGAAUUCCUGAAGUAUCUAAGGCUUGGCUCCAGGAUGGGUCCUACAAUCUUGCUUGGAUUUUUAUUUCAGUGUGACAUUCAGAUUGUAAUGUGGCCAUUAAAGAGAACUGCAUUUUACUUGACAGCUCAAAUGA